AUUUGAGAAGACGGCUAUAUACAACGCCCUGGUGAAACUAGUUCGCCUAUUUCAUUUACCCCGGUGUGAAUUUACCGCUCGGAACUGCGGUGGACUGUUUGCAAUUUCUGUGUUUCGGAAGGAUAUAUAUAUAUAUAUUCAGUUGUUUUGGGAAUAUAUUCCUUUCAGGUGCUAGAGGAUUAAAAACCUUAAGGAAAAGUCAAUCGACUUUUCCAUAUUUUAAGGACAAUGAAGAUUGGAGGAGCACUACCCUGCACUGUCCUGACACUGAUUGCUCUAGUCCUUUCCAAUAAUGGCUGUCUCGGAAGUACGACGGAAGCAACAUCAACAACAGUAGAAAGUACACCUACUACAAAUACAGAACAAUCAACAACUACAACUGAACAAACAACUACAACAACAGACUUAACAACUUCAACAACAGAACCAACAACCACUACAACAGAACCAACAACCACUACAAUAGAUACAACUACAACAGAUCCAACUACAACUACAAUAGAGUUAACAACUACAACAACAGAACCAACAAUUACUACCACAACUACCACUAUUACAGAGUCAACAACCACUACAAUAGAACUUACUACAGCUACAACAGAACCAACAAUCACUACACCAGAGACAACAACCACUACAACAGAACCAACUACAACUACAACAGAGCCACCAUCCACGACAACAACUGCAGUACCAACAGAAUGUCACUGCUUAACGUCAACAGAAUUAACAACUUCAUCUACUACAGCAGAACCCACAAGUACUUCAUCAGAACAAACAACCACCACAACAGACCCAACAACGGUGUGUAACUGCUUAACAUCAACAGAAGUAACAACAACUACAUCUGUAACUACAUCUACUACAACAGAGCCAACAACGACUUCAACAGAACCACCAACCACUUCAACAACAGGACCAACAACUACUUCAACAACAGAACCACCAAUCACUACAACAACAGAACCUCCAACCACUUCAACAACAGAACCAACUACUAUUCCAACAACAGAACCUCAAACCACUUCAACAACAGAACCACCAACCACUACAACAACAGAACCACCAACUACUUCAACAACAGAACCACCUACUAUUUCAACAACAGAACCUCCAACCACUUCAACAACAGAACCACCAACCACUACAACAGAACCUCCAACCACUUCAACAACAGAACCACCAGUCACUACAACAAUAGAACCACCAACCACUUCAACAACAGAAACACCAACCACUUCAACAACAGAACCACCAACCACUUCAACAACAGAACCACCUACUACUUCAACAACAGAACCGCCAACCACUUCAACAACAGAACCUCCAACCACUUCAACAACAGAACCACCAAUCACUUCAACAACAGAGCCUCCAACCACUUCAACAACAGAACCACCAACCACUUCAACAAUAGAUCCACCAACUACUUCAACAACAGAACCACCAACCACUUCAACAACAGAACCACCAACCACUUCAACAACGGAACCUCCAUCCACGUCAACAACAGAACCACCAACCACUCCAACAACAGAACCACCAACCACUCCAACAACAGAACCACCAACCACUUCAACAACAGAACCACCAACCACUUCAACAACAGAACCUCCAACAACAUCAACAACAGAACCACCAACCACUUCAACAACAGAGCCUCCAACCACUUCAACAAAAGAACCACCAACCACUUCAACAACAGAACCACCAACUACUUCAACAACAGAACCACCAACCACUUCAACAACAGAACCACCAACCACUUCAACAACAGAACCUCCAUCCACUACAACAACAGAACCACCAACCACUACAACAGAACCACUAAACAUAAGUUUUAAAGCAAUUGUAAAAAUCGAUGCAGUGUAUGCUUUUACGACAACCCCCGAGGCUGAUAUGGAGACAGCGUUUAGAACAGUAUUCAAUAGCACCACGGGAUUUUUACGUAUUGACGUAAUUAAUGUAAUAAACGGAAGUAUUGUUACUGAUUUCAACGUCGUUGUUGAGUUAUCCUCUGAAGAAGAAGCACAGCGCGACCUGGCAAAGAUCUAUCGACAGUUACUGACAGGCGAAGUUAAAGUCCAUUUCAACAGCCAAGAUUACUCUGUGGAGGAGUUGACAAUUACUAGCAGGAAUGGACAAAACACAUCGUUCAACUCUUCUGUUGACAUUUGUGCCAUAUUCAUCAGUAUCAACGAAUGUUCAUUUGGAGUUUGUUUGGCAGUAGGGGAAGAUCCACAAUGCAUGAAUGUAACAACCACAACAGAUAUGACAAGCUCGGUAACAUAUACUGCAACUACAACAGAGCCACCAACAACUACAACAGAGGCACCAACAACUACAACAGAGCCACCAACAACUACAACAGAGCCACCAACAACUACAACAGAGCCACCAACCACUUCAACAACAGAACUACAAACCACUACAACAGAGCCACCAACCACUACAACAGAGCCAACAACCACUACAACAGAGCCAACAACCACUACAACAGAGCCACCAACCACUACAACAAAAGAGCUACCAACAACUUCAACAACAGAGCCACCAACGACUUCAACCUCAGAACCUCCAACCACUUCAACCACAGAACCACCAACUACUUCAACAACAGAACUACCAACCACAUCAACAACAGAACCACCAACCACAUCAACAACAGAACCACCAACCACUACAACAACAGAACCAACCACUACAACAACAGUAACAACGACCACUACAACAGAAAUAGGCGAUAUAUUUUCAUCAACAACAACAGACCCUUCAACCACUGCAACAACAGAUCCAACAACCACUACAACAGAAACACCAAACACAAGUUUUAAAGCAAUUGUAAAACUCGAUGCAGUGUAUAAUUAUACGACAACACUCGAGGCUGAUAUGAAGACAGCGUUUACAACAGUAUUCAGUAGCACCACGGGAUUUUUACGUGUUGACGUAAUUAAUGUAAUAAACGGAAGUAUUGUUACUGAUUUAAACGUCGCUGUUGGGUUAUCAUCGGAAGAAGAAGCACAGCGUGACCUGGCAAAGAUCUAUCGACAGUUACUGACAGGUGUAGUUAAAGUCCAUUACAACGGCCAAGAUUACUCUGUGGAGGAGUUGACAAUUACUAGCAGGAAUGGACAAAACACAACGUUCAACUCUUCUGUUGACAUCUGUGCCAUAUUCAUCAGUAUCAACGAAUGUUCAUUUGGAGUUUGUGUGGCAGUAGGGGAAGAUCCACAAUGCAUGAAUGAAACAACCACAACAGAUAUGACAAGCUCGGUAACAUAUACUACAACUACAACAGAGCCACCAACAACUACGACAGAGCCACCAACAACUACAACAGAGCCACCAACAACUACAACAGAGCCACCAACAACUACAACAGAGCCACCAACAACUACAACAGAGCCACCAACAACUACAUCAGAGCCACCAACAACUACAACAGAGCCACCAACAACUACAUCAGAGCCACCAACCACUACAACAGAGCCACCAACCACUACAACAGAGCCACCAACCACUACAACAGAGCCACCAACAACUACAACAGAGCCACCAACAACUACAACAGAGCCACCAACCACUUCAACAACAGAACCUCCAACCACUUCAACAACAGAACGACCAACUUCUUCAACAACAGAACCACCAACCACUACAACAGAACCAACAACUAAUACAAGUUUUAAAGCAAUUGUAAAAAUCGAUGCAGUGUAUGCUUUUACGACAACCCCCGAGGAUGAUAUGGAGACAGCGUUUACAACGGUAUUCAGUAGCACCACGGGAUUUUUACGUGUUGACGUAAUUAAUGUAAUAAACGGAAGUAUUGUUACUGAUUUCAACGUCAUUGUUGCGUUAUCAUCGGAAGAAGAAGCACAGCGUGACCUGGCAAAAAUCUAUCGACAGUUACUGACAGGUGUAGUUAAAGUCCCUUAUAAUGGCCAAAAUUACUCUGUGGAGGAGUUGACAAUUACUAGCAGGAAUGGACAAAACACAACGUUCAACUCUUCUGUUGACAUCUGUGCCAUAUUCAUCAGUAUCAAUGAAUGUUCAUUUGGAGUUUGUGUGGCAGUAGGGGAAGACCCACAAUGCAUGAAUAUAACAACCACAACAGAUAUGACAAACUCGGUAACAUAUACUACAACUACAACAGAGCCACCGACAACUACAACAGAGCCACCAACCACUACAACAGACACACCAACAACUACAACAACAGAACCACCAACCACUUCAACAGAGCCACCAACUACUUCAACAGAGCCACCAACUACUUCAACAGAGCCACCAACCACUACAACAACAGAGCCACCAACCACUACAACAACAGACCCUCCAUCCACUUCAACAACACAACCACCAACCACUACAACAAAACCACCAAACACAAGUUUUAAAGCAAUUGUAAAAAUCGAUGCAGUGUAUGCUUUUACGACAACCCCCGAGGCUGAUAUGGAGACAGCGUUUACAACGGUAUUCAGUAGCACCACGGGAUUUUUACGUGUUGACGUAAUUAAUGUAAUAAACGGAAGUAUUGUUACUGAUUUCAACGUCAUUGUUGCGUUAUCAUCGGAAGAAGAAGCACAGCGUGACCUGGCAAAAAUCUAUCGACAGUUACUGACAGGUGUAGUUAAAGUCCCUUACAAUGGCCAAAAUUACUCUGUGGAGGAGUUGACAAUUACUAGCAGGAAUGGACAAAACACAACGUUCAACUCUUCUGUUGACAUCUGUGCCAUAUUCAUCAGUAUCAACGAAUGUUCAUUUGGAGUUUGUGUGGCAGUAGGGGAAGACCCACAAUGCAUGAAUAUAACAACCACAACAGAUAUGACAAACUCGGUAACAUAUACUACAACUACAACAGAGCCACCGACAACUACAACAGAGCCACCAACCACUACAACAGACACACCAACAACUACAACAACAGAGCCACCAACCACUUCAACAGAGCCACCAACUACCUCAACAGAGCCACCAACUACUUCAACAGAGCCACCAACCACUACAACAACAGAGCCACCAACCACUACAACAACAGACCCUCCAUCCACUUCAACAACAGAACCACCAACCACUACAACAAAACCACCAAACACAAGUUUUAAAGCAAUUGUAAAAAUCGAUGCAGUGUAUGCUUUUACGACAACCCCCGAGGCUGAUAUGGAGACAGCGUUUACAACGGUAUUCAGUAGCACCACGGGAUUUUUACGUGUUGACGUAAUUAAUGUAAUAAACGGAAGUAUUGUUACUGAUUUCAACGUCAUUGUUGCGUUAUCAUCGGAAGAAGAAGCACAGCGUGACCUGGCAAAAAUCUAUCGACAGUUACUGACAGGUGUAGUUAAAGUCCCUUACAAUGGCCAAAAUUACUCUGUGGAGGAGUUGACAAUUACUAGCAGGAAUGGACAAAACACAACGUUCAACUCUUCUGUUGACAUCUGUGCCAUAUUCAUCAGUAUCAACGAAUGUUCAUUUGGAGUUUGUGUGGCAGUAGGGGAAGACCCACAAUGCAUGAAUAUAACAACCACAACAGAUAUGACAAACUCGGUAACAUAUACUACAACUACAACAGAGCCACCGACAACUACAACAGAGCCACCAACCACUACAACAGACACACCAACAACUACAACAACAGAGCCACCAACCACUUCAACAGAGCCACCAACUACCUCAACAGAGCCACCAACUACUUCAACAGAGCCACCAACCACUACAACAACAGAGCCACCAACCACUACAACAACAGACCCUCCAUCCACUUCAACAACAGAACCACCAACCACUACAACAAAACCACCAAACACAAGUUUUAAAGCAAUUGUAAAAAUCGAUGCAGUGUAUGCUUUUACGACAACACAAGAGGCUGAUAUGGAGACAGCGUUUACAACGGUAUUCAGUAGCACCACGGGAUUUUUACGUGUUGACGUAAUUAAUGUAAUAAACGGAAGUAUUGUUACUGAUUUCAACGUCAUUGUUGCGUUAUCAUCGGAAGAAGAAGCACAGCGUGACCUGGCAAAAAUCUAUCGACAGUUACUGACAGGUGUAGUUAAAGUCCCUUACAAUGGCCAAAAUUACUCUGUGGAGGAGUUGACAAUUACUAGCAGGAAUGGACAAAACACAACGUUCAACUCUUCUGUUGACAUCUGUGCCAUAUUCAUCAGUAUCAACGAAUGUUCAUUUGGAGUUUGUGUGGCAGUAGGGGAAGACCCACAAUGCAUGCAUGUAACAACCACAACAGAUAUGACAAGCUCAGUAACAUAUACAACAACUACAACAGAGCCACCAACAACUACAACUACAACAGAUCCACCAACCACUUCAACAGAGCCACCAACCACUUCAACAGAGCCACCAACCACUUCAACAACAGAACCACCAACCACUACAACAGAACAAACAACCACUAUAUCAGAACCAACUACCACAACAACAGAACUAACAACCACUACAACAGAACCAACAACUACUACAACAGAACCAACAACGACUACAACAGAACCAACAACGACUAUAACAGAAACAACAACAACUACAACAGAACCAACAACUUCUACAACAGAACCAACAACGACUACAACAGAACCAACAACUACUACAACAGUAUCAUCGACUAUAACUACCACUAUUACCACAUCAAUUGAGACCAGAUUUUCAAGCAGUAUAAAGUUCAAUGGAACUAACUCAACAUCUGUUAAAGAAGAUAUGAAUAGUUCGCUCACACAAAUAUAUAACGGUGUAAGUGGAUUUAAAAGAGUAGAAGUGAAAGAUGUAAGGUCUGGCAGUAUCAUUGUCGAAUAUGAUGUAUUUGUGGAUUUGUCGUCCGCCGACCAGGCACAGGCAGACAUAACAAACAUAGUUUUCCGCUUCCUAUCCUUGGAAUUGCAAAUCUCCUACAUGAACCAAACAUUUCCAGUAGACGAAGUGAGUGUGACAGACAAUUAUGGAGCCACACAAAGCAUAACAAGAGAUAUGGACAACUGUACCAUCUUUACUGCGCUCCAACCAUGUCCUUCAUAUAUGAUCUGUACAGUAAAUGGAAACAGUAUUAGUUGUGUAAAUAAAACCUCAGAGCAACCUAGCACUACAACUACAACGGAAACAACAACAACGACAGAAACGCCCAGUACGACAAUGGAAUCCACCACUACAACCGAACAAACUACUGUGACAUCAGAGUCGACAACUACCACUACAACAGAACCUACCACAACAACGAUAGAAACGACAACAACCACAGAACUUCCGACAACAACAAUAAUAGAAACCACUACCACCACAGAGGUACCGACAACAACAACAAUAGAAACAACUACCACCACAGAGGUACCGACAACAACAACAACAACAAUAGAAACCACUACCACCACAGAGGUACCGACAACAACAACAACAAUAGAAACCACUACCACCACAGAGGUACCGACAACAACAACAACAAUAGAAACCACUACCACCACAGAGGUACCGACAGCACCAACAACAACAGAAGCUACUACCACCACAGUGGAAAUUACCACAACCACAACAGAAGCUACCACCACGACAACAGCUGAGCCAACAACAGUGGUGCCACCAAUAAAUAAUGCGCUAGCAUUUGGUGAUGUAGCUGGGGAUUCUAUGUUGACUGGCGAUGAUCGUUCGUCUCCAGCAUUACAAUCUCCCACAUUGCUACAAUUUGGAAAUGGUCAAUUGGGUGGAUUUCACGAGGUUUACAUUGGAACAAAUGGCAUCAUAGGACUUGGAGAGAUAUAUAAUAGCUUUUCAAUUGAAGAGAUGACUUCAUUUAGACUAAGAGAACGUAGAAUUAUCUGUCCAUACUGGACCGACCUAAUGACUUAUGGAAGUGAUUCAGCAGUUUACUACAAUGUUUACAAGAGUGAAAAUACAGCUGAUAGCAAGACUUUACAUGAAGUAGACAGAAUUAUCCAAGAAACAUUCAAGGAUUUUAAAACAUUCCAAUCUUCAAUCGUUUUCAAAGCAACAUGGAAAAAUAUGGCGUUUUAUGCAGACAGUUCAAAGAGAAUCUCUUUCCAAGUUCUCGUUGUAUCGGAUGGCCAGCAUUUAUUUAGUGUAACGAAUUAUCUCGACGUUGGGGUCAGUAAUCUACCUGGAAGCCAUGUUUCAAUUGGUUACAGAUACAAAGGAUUAUCUAGAAGAAAUACAUAUUCAUGGCAAAAUGCUGCAUUUAGAAUGUCAUCUAUUCCCGGAAAUACUGCUUAUACAGGAUUAUGGGUGGAGAAAUUGACAGAUGAUAACAUUAGGAUUAAUCCACUAGAGAAAGAGUGCUACAGCUGGUAUUCUAGACAGGCAUUGACUCUGAGACCAAAUGUUUGGUGGUUGACAUGUCCUUGUAGUGGCAGAGGCAUGAGGUUUUUUGGUUUCCGAUUUUUCCUUCAUCGGAUUGAAGGAGACAUUAUAUGUUACGUAUCAAUCACCUUUGGAGCAACUUUGGAGUGCUGUUAUUCAUAUAAUAGUUAUUUCGGAAUCAUAGGCUCGUUAAUAAGUCGGAUUCCUGAUACCGGCUCAACUCUGUCUGCCAAUCCUUUCUUUCAACCUAACGAUUAUUAUAUUGAUAACCUAAGACCAAAAGAGGCUUGCUGUGCAUCUGGACAUUGCGAUUGGUACUACAGCUAUAGACCAAGACCUUUUUUCUGUUUAAGGUUAAUUCCAGUAAGAACAGCCUGGUUCUGGGGAGAUCCACAUAUCAACACUUUAGACGGUGGACAAUACACUUUUAAUGGUUUCGGUGAAUACACAAUGAUGAAAAUAGACCACAAUGGAACACAGUUUGAACUCCAAGCCCGAACAGAUUUAGCAACUACCGCCAAUGGCACAACAAUCAAUGCGACAAUAUUUAGUGCUUUUGUAGCUAAGGAUCAUACAGGUUCAAUAGUUCAAGUGGAAAUGUCAAGAAACAGGGACAAGAUGUAUGUGCGUGCAAAUGGGAGAGAUAUAACAACAAAUAUUGAGAGCGAUCCUAAUUUUAUCUUAAGAACCGUCAACUUUACAGUGUCUGAAGAUAAUGGAACAGUUGAGGCAUCCUUUGUUCAAAGCGCAAUCACAAUCAAAUUCAGCUUAGGCGUCAGAUUCUUAACUUCGGAGUCAAUGGUAGAUGAAAAAUACAGUGGACAAGUUGUAGGGUUGAUGGGAAAUUUCGACGGAAAUUCCACUAAUGAUUUCAUUCUUCCAAAUGGCACCAUUCUGUAUGGUAGUGAAGUAGAUAGUGAGCGAAAAAUCUACAAUAAUUUUGGACAGCAAUGGUCGAUUGACAGUGACAAAUCACACUUUCAUUAUGAUACUGGGCUGUCUCAUGCUAAUUUUACCCACCCAGAAUUCGUGCCUUUCUACAUCGACGAACAACCACAGGACAAAGUCAACCGAUCCAGAGAAGUAUGUGGUGGUGCCAGUGCCUCACAGGCCUGUAUAUUCGACUAUCUUGCUACAGGUGACGAAUCCUUGGCCAAAUCUUCAGGAGAUGACGCAGCAACCUCUGCAAGUGAUACAGCAUCUUUAGAAAAUGAGAUUCCACAGAUCAGUGGCGAUUCCCAAAUUAAAGCUAAGUUCAAUGAGUCAGUAGAACUUAAGUUUAAUGCAAGCGACGAUGGAACGUACUCAUACAAGAUAAUUCAACAACCGCUUGGAUUUACCUUUGAUAAUGCCACUGGCAUAGCAACAUGGAUUCCACAAGAUACUGGUGUCACAAACAUCAGCAUUACUGUUGUGGAUGAUAAAGGAGAAGAGGCGGCUCCCAUAGACGUGGCUAUUGUCCUCUGUUCUGGUUGUAAUGACCACGGGACAUGCGAUUACAACACCACACGGACGUCUAACAGUGAUAUGUUUAAAUACGCGGCCUGUAACUGUACCAUUGGAUACUCAGGGCAGGACUGUGAGAACGACACCGAUGGUUGUGCUGAUUCUCCGUGUGCCCAGGGUAGAACUUGUGAGGAUAUCAAGCCUGAAGAAGAGGCAGUAUUAGGGCGAGGAUACAAUUGUUCUGAUUGUCCGGCGGGGUAUAUCAUAAAGGAUGAGAAAUGUGAAGAUAUAAAUGAAUGUAACAGUACAACUACCAAUGACUGCGACGAAGCCUCACAAAACUGUGUUAAUACAGAGGGAAGUUUUGAAUGCAACUGUAAAGAUGGAUUUAGGAAAGUAGGAGACAAUUGUCAAGAUAUCGAUGAAUGUACGGAGAGUACCUCUGGGUGUGAACAGCUCUGUUCUAACAGUGCAGGGUCUUUUGAAUGCUCUUGUAUCAGCGGAUAUACAUUGAACAGUGACAACAAAACAUGCACUGGAGAAAACAGUUGUCCAGGGUUAAAUUGUGAAUAUGCAUGUAAUAACGAAACUGGUGCAGCGCCUGCAUGCAUAUGCAAGACUGGAUAUAGAUUGGUGAAUAGCGAAAAUUGCACAGAUAUUGAUGAAUGCGAGGUAGGAGGUGUGUGUUCGCAGAAAUGUAAUAAUUCAAUUGGAUCCUACACAUGUUCUUGUUUUUCCGGAUAUCAACUAAACGACGAUAAAACAACAUGUUCAGCUUGUGAACCUCCAAACUAUGGCGUGAAUUGCCAAAGCACAUGCAAUUGUGGUCAAGGUAUGGAUAGAUGUGAUCCAGUCACAGGAUGUGUGUGCAAGACUGGUUGGGAAGGAAGUAAUUGUGACGUGGACAUCAUUGAAUGUACCGUAAAUCCGACCAUAUGUGGGAGUGAUAAAAUAUGUCAGAAUCUGCAAGGAUCGCAUGCAUGUAACUGUAGGGCUGGUUUUGCGAGAGAUUCUAACGAUAACUGCAUAGAUAUUGAUGAGUGUAACAUAGUCACGUCAAACAAUUGUUCUUCGUCAACUUCGACGUGUAAAAAUAAAGAUGGAGGAUUUGUUUGCGAAUGCAAAUCUGGAUAUACAGCCAAAAAUCUCUACGAAUGUGAAGACUUCAACGAAUGCACAGCCGGAACUGACGGAUGCAGCCAAAACUGUGUGAACGUAGACGGAGGUUUUAAUUGCGAAUGUGAAUUUGGUUAUACAUUGGGCGACGACAGAAAAACGUGCAUCAAAGUACAAGACAUUUGUUCCUUGUUUCCUCAAUUGAACUGUACCUAUGGUUGUAAAGCAAAUAACUCACAAGGAUCUUGUUUUUGUCCCGCUGGCUUUUUACUGAAUGCACAGGACCAACAGUCUUGUCUUGAUAUUGAUGAAUGCAAUGACGCCAGCUUGAAUAAGUGUUCUUUUCCAAAUCAAUGUGUGAAUGUUGAUGGGUCAUAUAACUGUACAUGCCCUGACUUUCAUACCUUAGACAAUGAUGGACGAACGUGUAAAGAAUGUGAUGGGUUUUCGUAUGGAAAGACUUGUGAAAACGCCUGCAACUGUGGGCAAGGUGCUUCCACGUGUGACAAAGAAAAAGGUUGUGUCUGUUUAGCUGGUUGGACAGGUGAUAAAUGUGACCUCGAUAAGGACGAGUGUGCUGCCAGCAACCCAUGUACUGGUGACCAUCAAAUAUGUCAAAACAGCAUCGGAUCUUACAACUGUAUUUGCGAAACAGGGUUCAAUCAUACUGGUGGAAUUUGUAUAGAUAUCAAUGAAUGCGAUAAUUCACCAUGCAGUCAAAUUUGUACGAACACCGAGGGGAGUUACUCGUGUAGUUGUAACGACGGAUUCCUUCUGUCCAAUAACUCAGAAUGUACGGAUUAUAACGAGUGCCUGGCACCAGUCCGUCCCUGUGAUCAGCAAUGCACCAACACAAUAGGAAGUUACAAAUGCUCCUGCAACGACGGAUUCAUUUUAAAUAUUACUACUAGAACAACGUGCUACGCCAAAACGGAGUGCACAAAUACGACAUUUAACUGCUCACAGCAAUGCGGAAUCAAUCUAGAUAAGGAAGAGUACUGUUUUUGUAACUCUGGGUAUUCCUUGAAUGAAACCGACCAAAUCAGCUGUUUAGACAAUGAUGAAUGUGCGACUAACCCGUGUUCUGACAACUGCACUGAAAAUGCACCUGGUCAGGGAUAUACUUGCUCCUGUCCUCCGGGGAAAAAAUUGGACAUUGAUCAGAGGACCUGCAUUGACUGUGAAAAUGGAAAAUAUGGAGACAACUGUGCCUCAAACUGUACUUGCCAGGCUGAAAACACUGACGUGUGUGACAAAGUAUUAGGCAACUGCACAUGCAAAAAGGGGUGGGAAGGAUCAACCUGUACAGAAGAUAUUAAUGAAUGUGAAAAUGCUACUAUUUGUCAAGCUAACUCCUUAUGUCAAAACACAAAUGGAUCCUAUUCUUGUAACUGUGAUGAGGGAUAUUCACUGGCUGCUGGAAAAUGCGUCGAGUGUGCUUUGAAUACGUAUGGUCUAGAUUGUGCAAGUCAGUGUUCUUGUGAUUUCACAAACACCAAGUCAUGUGACACGAAAAAUGGAACUUGUUACUGCAAAGUGGGAUGGAAAGGAACUAAUUGUACAGAAGACGUUUUGGAGUGUGCUAACGCGACUAUCUGUGGUCCAAACGCUCUAUGCUCGGAGACAAACGGAUCCUAUGUAUGUAACUGCGACGUUGGCUUUAAAAAGGAUGCUUCUGGGUCUUGUGUCGAUAUUAACGAAUGUACACUUGGAACUGACACUUGUGACACCAAUGCUGAAUGUACUAACACUGUUGGAAAUUUCACGUGUUCUUGUAAAACUGGAUUUAGUGGAGAUGGUUAUUCCUGUUCAGCUUGUAAUAGUACACAUUAUGGUGUUGACUGUUCCUCUCGGUGCAUGUGCAUUGAGGAUAAUACAGCAGACUGUAAUGACGUCACUGGACAGUGUAAUUGCAAAGCAACAUGGAAUGGAACAAACUGUGACGUAGAUGUCGAUGAAUGUGUGUUAGGGACAGAUGACUGCAACUCUUCAAUUGAGAUCUGUGUUAACAGAGAUGGCGGGUGGAAUUGUUCCUGCCGAUAUGGAUCAGCAAAUGGAGUUUGCAAUGCCAUGACAACAACAGCAAAUCCUGAAACGACAACCGAAAGCACAGAAACGAGUACAGAUGUUACUCAGUCAGUGGAUAGUACUACAUCAAGUUCGCAAAGUAAUCCAACAACUACUGGAGGUAGUACUGAGUCAACAACCCAAAGUACACAGAGUACUCAGUCAGUGGGCAGUACCAUGACAAGUGCUGUAACAACUACAGUGGGUAGUGCAAGUACUACAAGAGUUGGCUGUAACAACACACAUUUUGGAAUUGGCUGCGAUCAAACGUGUCCAUGUAAUACUACAAACACCUUAGAUUGUAAUGAUAACGAUGGUACCUGUACUUGCCUUCCUACCUGGUCCGGAACGGAUUGCACAAUUGACGUAGAUGAGUGUAUUACCAAUAGCAGCGCCUGUAACGCUACUACUGAAAAGUGUGUGAACAACGAUGGUGGAUUUAGCUGUGUCUGUCUGUAUGGAAAUAGCAGUACCGGCUGUAUAGAAAAAGUACCUGCAUAUGUACCAGAAUCGACUGAAGUAAAACUUGGAGUAGUUUUGACUUUCCCAAAUGACAUACCACUUUCUGACUAUGAGAAUGUUAAGCAAUCGAUGAAUAGAUCGCUUGACGCUUUUUACAAAGACAGAAUUGCUGGAUUUAUUAAAGUGAUAAUCCUUGUCAUCAGGAGAGGAAGUACAAUUGUUGAACACGAAGUUGUAGCAGACAAAUCAGAAGAAGCAAACCAAGAUCUUGUGAAAUCUGUGUUAAGUUUGACCAAAGGAGAAAGCAAAAUCACGUAUGAAAAUACACCGCUUACUGUAUCAUCAGUAGCAGUAAAUGACGCAUCUGGAAACCCUAAAGUUAUCACAAACACAUCUUCGAAAUGUGACCUGUAUGUUAUCAACAAUCCGUGUGGGGAAAAUGAGAAAUGUGUUGAAGACAAUGCCAGGGCUUAUUGCACAGGAAUUGUGGAUUCGAGUGACGAUUUCAAGUUAAUUGUUGGACUUGGGGUCGGAAUACCGCUCUUCGUUCUUGCAGUUCUUAUUGGUAUCAUAAUUGCUUUCUUUGUUCGAAGAAGGCGUCAUCCAAGAGAAAUGUCGUUAUCGUCUUCUGAUGACAAUUUUGAAAACACUUAUGGCAGAGAUGGAAUGUACUUUUCCUCGGGGAUGCCGACUAAGAUCGACAGCUGGGGUCGUUAUGGGUCUCCAUAUUCUCCCCAUAACUGGUCAGGUCACGACGGCAAGAGAGGAAGGGAUGGUUUUGAUGAUUACAGUACCAGGGAACCAUACAUGUAUGACAAUGGCGUACAGUCAAAUUUUUCGUGGGACUUCAUGUAUCAAGCUUUACAACCAAAUGAAAAGUUUCAAAUAAAACGUCCAGAGGUUAGCCCUAAACCUAGAAACACAGAGUGAUAAUGGAGAGAAUGGAGACCGAUUAACAUAUCAUGUGUUCAGGAAGCUACUUUGUGCCAUAGACAAGUGAUCUGUUCAAUAACUAGCAGCAGCCAAGUGUACAACCUGUAUAUGACAUUGCCACGGGUCCUAAUGGCCAUCAGUAUACAUAUCAUAAAACGAAACGGUGUGAGAAAAAAAAUAUACACAACUUAUAAAUAGGGUUUGAUUGCGAAUGGAUGUGUGUAUGGCAUGUUGAUUGUGAAGUGAAUAUAAAUAUUUUAUUGAAAACAUAUUUUUAUAUAGUUCAUGUAUGUUUGUAAAGCUUUUAUCAUAAAAGCAACAAAAUCAAACUUAAAAACAUUACAAAUGAAGAUUUGUUGGGGUUUUUCUCAAUAAAAUUGAAUGCUGUAUAUCAGGUCUAUCGUAAAUACAUUAUCAAAUGUGCAGUUUUGUACCCAUUUUUCCUGGGGACUUGUCUUUAUUAAUGUAUACAAGAUAUAUGUAAGCCUAAUGUUAAACUAUUAAUGUAUAUUCUAGGUUCUUUCAAGUGUAUUUUGCAACUAUAUCAGGGGAAUAGUUAGAGGGUUUGUUUUAGAAAUUAUGAUUAAUAUACUUUUAAAUUUUAUAUAUGAUACAUAAAUAUAUAUUUUUCAAAUAUACCAAUCGAAAUUGUGUAUUGUUCUAUUAUAAUAAAUUUGUUAUUUUUGCUUAA